AUGAUCCAACCCGAUUCCAACGAAUCGCCAUCGAAAACCCCUGGUGUCGGCUUUGACCUAGGCCAGGAGGAGGCGGCAGCAGCUCUUGAAGACUUUGAUACUCAAAGCCAUGCAAGUUCCCGUGACCCUGGUAGCAUACAAACGGUCGACCCCGCGGUAGGCCCGGACAACGGCACGCUAGACCAACGAGACGACUCCGGCAACGGCCCGUCCAAUUUUGAAAAUAUAAACGAGGACGAUAAACCGGCUUGGAGCGAAAUGAAGACCAAGGCUGGGAAGGAGCGGAAGCGCCUGCCACUAGCAUGCAUCGCAUGCCGCCGCAAGAAAAUCCGUUGCUCGGGCGAGAAGCCCGCCUGCAAACAUUGCACGCGCUCGAGGAUUCCUUGCGUGUAUAAAGUUACUACACGGAAGGCGGCGCCGCGCACGGAUUAUAUGGCUAUGUUGGACAAGCGAUUGAAGAGGAUGGAAGAUCGCGUAAUCAAGACGAUACCCAAGGAGGAGACGAGAGAUAUGCUCUCUAUUGGAAGAUCGGUUGUCAAGCCUUCCGCUUCGGUUCAGCCGUCUAAGGCACAAAAGAAACGAAACGCAGAGGAGGCAUUUGCGGCAGAAAUGGAAGAAUGGACUCGUGGAAACGGCCGGCCACCACACGAGACGUUCCCAAUAAACCGUGAAAUCAAAUCCACCGAUGGGACUGGGCUUCUCACCGAAGGAGCCGAGUUUUUGCCCUCAUUAGAGAUUCAGGAGCAUCUUGCGGAGGUGUUCUUUGAUUGUGUCUAUGGGCAGCACGAUCCCCCUGUCUUGAUUCUUGCUGUCUGUGCCGUAUCUGCGCGAUUCUCCACACACCCUCAGCUCAACUCGGAUCCACCAUUUUUACGUGGAGAAAACUGGGCUAAUCCCGCUGCGGCCAUCGCUCUGAGCCGGCAUGAUGAGCCUAACAUUACCAUUCUUACUGUUUUCUUGCUUCUUGGCCUUCAUGAGUUUGGAACCUGUCAUGGUGGGCGAAGUUGGUCUUUUGGGGGUCAAGCAUUGCGGAUGGCAUACGCGUUACAGCUCCACCAGGAGCUUGACCAGGAUCCGUUACUCAGUCAGAAGAACGGCAACAGCUCACAGCUGAGCUUCACUGAUCGAGAAAUUCGGCGCCGGACUAUGUGGGCAUGUUACUUGAUGGAUCGGUAUAACUCUUCUGGAAGUCAACGGCCACCUAUUGGGAAUGAAAAGUUCCUACAAAUCCAGCUUCCUAUCAAGGAACCUCACUUCCAGAUGGAAAUACCUGGUCCAACAGAAGAUCUUGACGGCGAUAUCAUUAAUCCUGUGCCUGAGGAUUCAGGCCAAUUAUCUAAUGCUAAAGAAAACAUGGGUGUUUCCGCUUACAUUAUUCGCGCUAUCGUCAUUUGGGGGCGCAUUGUCGACUACCUGAAUCUGGGUGGGAAAAGAAAGGACGCACAUCCACUUUGGCAUCCAGAAUCAGGGUACACGCAGCUUAAGCGGCAAAUUGAGGAGUUCUCUGCGUCUCUUCCAGCACCUUUUACCUUCACCUACGAGAAUCUUCAAAUCCACGCAGCGGAGAAGAUUGCAAAUCAGUUCAUUUUCCUCCACAUCAUCAUACAUCAAAAUAUGCUGUUUCUCAACCAGUUCGCCAUUCCCUUGUCUCCGGGGGGGCGUCCACCAAGAGAUAUGCCCAAGUCCUUCCUCAGUAAUGCAGGUCGGGCCGCGGUGGAAGCAGCGCAUCACAUUUCAGUGCUUUUUGAUCGAGCUUCAGCCUAUCCCCUCACUGUUCCUUUUGCUGGGUACUGCGCUUACUCGGCAAGUACAGUCCACAUCUGGGGAAUCUUCUCGAAGAACGUCCAGCUGGAGGCACGGUCGAAAGAGAACCUCCGGCAUACGUACCGCUAUCUCAAUAAAAUGAAAAAGUACUGGGGCAUGUUCCACUAUAUGGUUGAAAGUGCCAAGGAUCGGUAUCGGCAAUUUGCCGAUGCAGCUAUCAAGGGCUCUGUGGCAAUUCAGAAUGGCGCAUCCCUAACACCCAUGUUCCAAUAUGGUGACUGGUUCGACAAGUAUCCGCAUGGAGUGUCAAGAGUACAUUGGGAGGACCCCGAUACUCGAAACAAAGAAACGGGCGAAGACGCAGUCAUGGGCCAAAAACCAGACCUCCAGAGCGUAGAAGAUUUCUUUGCUGGCCUUUCGCCUACUCCACAGCCGAGUCAACCCCGUAAAUCACGAUCUCGCAAGAACAGCAAACUAUCAGAUGGAGCUCCGGGUAUGGACCAGACUUCACCCCAGUCAAUGAUGGAAGUGACCAUGGGAAACACCCCGGGUGUUCCAGGCAGUGCAUUCCCACAACCAUCCAUGCUCCAACAAUCCCGGCCAAUGUCAUUCGGCCAACCACCCUUCGACUUCGGCAUCCCACCAGACCAAUUGCCGCAACUAGACCGGCAAUUCGUCUACGGUUCAUUUUCUGACUUUGACCCCACCUCAUUCGUCCCAAACAAUCCUCCAAUCCCACCGCUCAAUGGCGUUGAAACACAAAGUCCAGAUCAAACCUUGUUCACGGGCCAUCUGGACCCGGGUGCCCCUGCUGGAAUGGGCGAGUUCUACCAGCCCAGCGCGUGGUUCCUCCCCUUCAAUCUUGACCCUGUUGGCGGUGGAAACUCACCACAAGCUCCGGCUCCCAUACCUGGGAGCAAUCGUGGUGGCACACCAUCCGGGGACCCUUCUGUGCAUAUGUCUGGCUUUGGCGGCGCUGUGGGUAUGCCUUUAAGCGCAUAUGAUCUUGGUUUAUCUGGUUCGGAUAUGAAAGUCUCACGGCCAUGA